AUGGCUUCCCAAUCUACAUCGACGCCUGAUGAUUUCAAUAUAUUUUAUUCCCUGCACUUCCUAUCGCGACCCUCACGCCCUCCCAGCUCUGAAACUGUGCACCUGGAGCAUUCUAGUGAGGAAUCCAACGAUGAGACAAGCCAACCGUACCAAGGCCUCACUGGCCUGCGUAACUUGGGGAACACUUGCUACAUGAAUGCAGUUUUGCAGUGCCUCUGCAGUAUAUCCCCAUUGGUGGAGUAUUUUCUCUCAGGGAAGUAUGUAGCCACCCUACACAAGGAAAACGGUGAGGUUGCUACAGCCUUUGCCUAUUUGAUGGCCGAUAUGUGGCUGGGAGAGUUUGAGUGCGUCUCACCAGAGGUGUUUCGUUCAGUCAUCAGUGACUUAUGCCCAGCUUUUACCAAGAAGACUCAGCAGGACGCCCAGGAGUUUCUGAUUUAUGUACUGAAUGAAUUACAUGAGGCACUUAAGAAGUCAUGCAAAAGGAGAUGCUAUGGGAACACAUCCACUUCUAGGGAAGAUAGGGGAACCGGCAGUGAAACAUCAAUCAUCACCCAGCUAUUUGAGGGGCAGCUCAGUUAUGACAUUACAUGCCUGGCGUGUCACACCACCACCGAUAAGAAUGAGGUCUUUACAGUUCUCUCUCUUCCCAUCCCUUCUGAGAGUGCCUGCUCACUACAGGACUGUCUUGAAUGUUUCUUUCAGCAAGACACACUGACCUGGAACAAUCAAAUUCACUGCUCCUUCUGUGGAACUAAGCAAGAUGCUGCAGUAAAGGCCAACAUAGGCAAGGCGCCAAAGAUGGUUAUUUUUCACUUAAAGAGGUUUGACUAUCAAGGCAGCUACAAAAGGAAACUGGGAACUAACAUCUACUAUCCACUAAGCAACUUGGAUCUUUCGCCUUAUAUUUAUCCACUCUUUCGGAAGAAUCCAAAAUACAACUUGUGUGCUGUGGUGUAUCUGGGCUCAAUUUUUGGCUCCUCCUCCAGCUACUUUGUCCUAAAGCAGCCAAAAAGCUACCCAUAA